AUGGGAAAUUGCUUGGUACUGCAAAAGAACGCUGUGAAAAUCAUGAAAACAGAUGGGAAAAUUCUUGAAUACAAAACACCCAUCAAAGUAGAAGAGGUUUUGAUACAAUUUUCUGGCCAUGCAGUGUCUGAAUCUCUCACGGUCCUGCGGUAUCUUGAGCCACACACAAAAUUGCUUAGAGGGAAGUUAUACAACCUAGUACCUCUACCACCGCCAUCACCAAAAUCCAACAAGAAGGUGAGGUUCGCGGACCCAGAAGUCCAAGAUGUACAGAAAAGUAACGUGGUUAGGAUUAAGCUGGUUAUCAGUAAGCAAGAGCUGCAGAAAAUGCUGCAGAAUGAAGGGUUUUCAGUCAGCAAGAUGUUGUCUCUAGUUCAUGAGGACAAGGGUGAAGAUUUGUCUCAAAAGAACGAAGAUGUCUCACAAGGGUGGAAACCAGCGUUGGAAAGCAUACCUGAAGUAAAGUAG